CCUCCCAGUUAUGUCAUUACUUCAGUUCCUUUGAAUCAGAAUAAAAAGUGCAGCAAACUUCAGACUCAUUGACUGCGGGCUUAACAAGCGUCGGGGCUUUUCUUCUUCCUGCAGCUUGCAAGGAUCUUUGGAUUUUGCAAAACACUUCCAAGAAAACAAUGGCCAACUUCUCCUUAUGGGCAACUUUUGGAUUAUGUUUGUUGAAGCUUUGUCUAGCAGAAACACAAUUCAAUGUAAGCUGCAGAUAUGGAGGAGUUUUUCAUGUUGAGAAAAAUGGUCGCUACAGUCUCACACGACCUGAAGCAGUCAAACUCUGCAGAGCUCUCAAUAGUACCUUGGCAACACUAGAACAGCUGAAGAAAGCUCAUGAACUUGGAUUUGAAACUUGCAGGUAUGGUUUUGUAGUGGGGCAUAUUGUUAUCCCACGAAUCAGACCGUAUCAUCUUUGUGCAGCAAACCAUACUGGCAUUUACAAGCUUCCAGCAAAUACAACUGGUCGGUAUGAUGCAUAUUGUUACAAUGAGACAGAAACAAGGGACAAAGGGUGUGAACCAGUUGAAAAACUAGAUACUUCUCUCCUCAGUAAUCAAGAUGAAAUAGUCAUUGACAAUGCAGAUGGCUCACGUUAUAAUGCAGAUGGCACACGUCAUACCGGUGGAGAGUCCUCAACUUCAGGUGCAGACGAUGAAAAUGUAGGUAGUGGAUCAACUCAUGAGACAACUCCCAUGGAUACCUCCAUCAGGAGAUCCAGCCCCUCAUAUUAUGGAAGUGCUACUCCAGUCUCACAGCUGCCAGAUCACACUUCUGGAGGGGGUGAAAAAGGAACUCCUGGAAAAGACUAUGAUGAUGAAGUUCCAUCUCUAUCACCUGACAUCUCUUUCGGGACAGUGACUGAUGAUUUCCAUGAAGAAGAUGGUGGACAUUAUCAUGCUACUACUACUGUGGACUCACAACACGAAACACUUCUGGAAAUCUCCACACAAGAUCAUUGGAAUCCCACCUUCACAGAUGAAGAGGAGCAGUAUCCUAGCUCUCCUAGCAGGGCACUAGUUACAAGUGAAAAUGAAAAUCAAGGACCAACCCAACUUCCACUGCCAUACACCAUUCAUUCUGGAGGGAUCAGUCAAGAACAAAAUCCUGCAAAUACCACGGCGAGUAUUGAACAACAUGAAUUUACUGUUGCAGGUGAAAAUUAUUUUGAAAAGGAAUCUUCUCAUACAGCUAUGGUCUCCACCCAUGGGGCCAAACAGAAUGACUCCAUGCAAGACCCAUGGAUAUAUCCAGGCUGGGACAACGGAGAGGAAUAUGCAACAUGGCCUGCUAUAACGGAUAGAACUAUUCCUUCCAGAGGGAAUAAUCAUGAGAAAGACUCUUCCACUACAGUCACAGAAUCUGUGGAGGAUGUUAAUGAAGAGAAAGCAACCAAGGAGCCACUGGCACCUGGCACUCCACCUGGAAGGGAAAGUGAACAAGCAAACAUCACAGAUGGUUCCCAUGUCGGUUGGAUACCUGCAAUUCUUCCAGACGCUGAAGACCAUCUUAAUCGCUUGCAGACCCCUCUUACUACUACUGUUGCCUCUCCUGAUGGUGCCCACCACAAAGACCCAACUCAACCACCUCUACCUUCAGAUAAUGAACCAGGACAGGGCACUGAAGGCAUCAGGAUUCCCACAGAUACCCCAAGGGAUGAAGUCCUCCACAAGACUACAGCCACCAUCAUCACAACAGUCACAGCCUCCACUGAUGUUCUGGUACCAGAAGAUAUAACCCAGGAAGCGUGGGCAACUCACAUCAUGGUAACAGCUGCUGCCUCUCCUGAUGGUGCCCACCACAAAGACCCAACUCAACCACCUCUGCCUUCAGAUAAUGAACCAGGACAGGGCACUGAAGGCAUCAGGAAUCCCACAGAUACCCCAAGGGAUGAAGUCCUCCACAAGACUACAGCCAGUAUAAUCAAAGCUGUCACAGAAUCUGUGGAGGAUGUUAAUGAAGAGAAAGCAACCAAGGAGCCACUGGCACCUGGCACUCCACCUGGAAGGGAAAGUGAACAAGCAAACAUCACAGAUGGUUCCCAUGUCGGUUGGAUACCUGCAAUUCUUCCAGACGCUGAAGACCAUCUUAAUCGCUUGCAGACCCCUCUUACUACUAGCUCUACCUCCAGUAUAUAUGGUAAUGAAGGACCACGCAAGGGACAUUAUGAAUCCACUACUUUCCCUGAAGAGACUGCCACAACAAAAAUAGAUUCACAGCCAAGGUCGGCCCGUGUACCAGAAUGGCUGAUCAUAGUGGCUGCUCUUGUGGCACUUGUAUUGAUUCUUGCAGUGUGCAUUGCUGUUAACAGUCGGAGAAGAUGUGGGCAGAAGAAAAAGCUAGUGAUUAACAAUGGGAAAGGGGCAGUGGAGGACAGGAAGUCAAGUGCAUUAAAUGGAGACAUCAGCAAAUCACAAGAAAUGGUGCACUUGGUUCAUAAAGAACGGUCAAAUGACCGAACACAAGCAUGUGAUGAACUCCUGACUGUUAAUGAAACACAAAAUCAUCAUGACCUUGACAUGAAGACUGGAGUGUAAUGGUGCCAUGUUGCCAAGUAGAUCAGGGCUGGGGAAAUCAAAAUCAUGUGGAACUUGAACAGGAAUUCACAAAUGCACUCUGCUACUGAUGUCUUUUGAAAAUAAACAUAAGUCUUACUCCUUUUUUAAUCACUUUACAAUGUUGCCAGGGUUAAAAAAUUGACAUGUCCUCUCUGAAAUACGCCCCAAGAGUUGCAUAAUGCUUUCAGUUCCCAGUCCCUCCACAGAGGACUUUCACUGUGUCCUGGAUGUUAGGAGACAUACAAGUUUAUGUCAUUAUUCCCCAGAUGGAAGGUCUUCACUGUGUGCAGCUUAAGAAGUAUCCAGUCACUCCAUCUUAGAAACAUAUAAGGUACUAAACUUGCCACGAUACAAGAGUCAGUGAGGAAAAAAUGUCAAGAGUGACAAUCAAGUCUAAACCCAAAAGGCAUGCUCUAUAAUGUCUGAAACACGAGAAUCCUUCAGAAAUGCCUUCCAACCAGGAAGAGCAGAGGGUGCAUUCAGAAUCUGCCACUAUAAACAGAAAGUGACAUUUUGUAAUUAUGUGUGGUUUGGUCUGCAAUGAGGGAAACCCAGAAGGACAAAAUUUAUUUAUCUCUAUUUUUAAAUGAUACUAUGGGCAUACAGCAAGUCUUCUCGGGAGGGGUAAUAAAGAGAUGAAAACGUGAACUGAUACAUAAUAAAGUUCUAUACUUUAUCAUCCUAGCAACCUGUACAAUUAUCCUUGAAUUUUUGAGAUAUUCUUUGCUCUUCUCCCCCCCUCAUUCAUUGGUCCAAGUUUGUGCAUGUUUUUAAUGAGUCUGUUAGUUAAGAUAAUGAAUGAAACAAAAUGACCCCAGCUCUAGCACACAUGCACAAAUCAAGCAUUUGGAGAUCAUUAGGGAAGAUGACAGUAUUUUAUUCCCAAAGAAUGGGUCUCUAUUUUAGAUAUUUUAGUUUUUAUUCCAUUUUACUUAGGAGAUGCUGAGCCUAGUAAAAUUGUUUCCCUUAUUAUGUCGCACCAGUUUGCUGAUAUUUUAAAAGUUCUUUUUCUACGAUCUCACUAAUUUCUUCAGAAUUCUAUUUCAUCUACAUUUUUUCCAUCUACUUUUUAAAAAGAAACAUUGCUUGCGUAUCGGUACCAGAAAUUCAAAUUCUACAGAAAAGGUCAAAGAAAAUGAAAGGAAACUCUCCCAGCCAUGUAAUAUAGUAGAGUAGCUAAGCUGCAUUGUUAUAUGCUUGUGUUUUGUCCUUUUGUGUCUGUUAUGUAAAGUAUUUGUAUUAAGCUAUGAUGCUGUGCAUUAUAUUGAUAUGAAUUGUCAGAAAAAAACUUAUUUACUACCAGUGGUCUGUGCUAUUUUUAAGCAAGCAGUUUGGAACGAUAACUUCUAAUUGGGCUGCCCAAGAAAAUGCAAGUAAAAACAAUUUAAGUAAUUGCAACCUGUGGUCUGCGUCAGCUGUUGGAUAGGGAUGGCCUGUAGCAGGGUUAUGCAAGUGUUCCUGUUCACUGACCACAGCAUCUGUCUUUGAAACUGUUCUGCUAAAGCAUUUUAUUUUUUUUCUCCAUCUGAAACAGUCUGGAGGAUGAGUAUUGAGCUGGCUAAAUACUAACUUUAGCUCGCACUGAUCUUUACUGGAACAUAAAGCUGUUGAUUAUAUUUCUGAAUUGCAGUCCUCCAGCAGUUUCCCAUGUGUUUCACUGAGAUGCUCAGUGCCCUGGUAUCUGCAGGCAGAUCUUCUCAGGGCAAUUUACGCCUGGGCAAAAGGUCCCAGGACAAGCAGAGGUUUUAAAAUAUGCAUAGGAUGUUGUCUGACUUUAUGUAGGUCAGCAUAUUUCAUCUAUGAACAGUGCAUUGGUUUUUGUUUAAUCCCUGUAAUGUUUUUAAGCAAGCUUUUCUAUUUGUCAUUACAAAUCAAAAUGUUCUGUUGAAGGCUAUGUUUAAACUGGUGUUAGGUACUCAUUUCACUAAGUAUGGAGAUCCAGAGUAAGAAUUAUUCCUCUCUUUAAGUCCUAAAUGAAUAUAGGUCUUAAUGUAAAGGAGAUAUUUCAUUGUCUUGGAGCCUAAAUUUCUCCUUUAGAAAAAGAAAAAGUUUGUGAUGUUAUUCAUCUCCCUAUACAGAUGUUGAAUGAAGAAUCUCACAAACUUCUUCCUAGUUUACCUUAUGUCCAGGCACUAUAAAUGCACAGACAACACUGGUUGGGUUUUUUAUAUAUUUUUAAAUAGGGAGAUGCUCAAGUUGUCUUUACAGAGGCACUGCCAUUAUUAUAUAUAUGCUGGUUCUUUUUAGAUUAUGUCCUGUGAUUCAUGUGUGAUUGUUUCAUUAUAGUUUCAAAACUACGUUUCAUAUGUGUAAUAUAGUACAUAUUUUUAUUAAUCUUGAUUUUAUUAUAUGAGGGGUUGUUUGUUGUGUGUAUGUAUUUUUAUACAGAGCACUUGAUAUAUUUGCAUAUUUAUUUAAUGGAUUAAUCAGAAUGAUAGAAAAUAUUAUCUCUAAAUUGUAACUAGCAAUAGUAUUGCUAAAAACAUAUUGAACUGUAAAAUAAGCUUCCAAAAUAAACUUGAUUCCACAUUGAGGAUAAACAGUAAGACCAGCUAUUAGUGGGAAAGAAGUAUUCAGCAGGAUAGUCAUGUUGAGUAUUUGUGAUAAUUUUUUCUGCUUGCAAAUUCUAAGCUAGGCCGAGGUGAAUGCUAUGUGACCUUUUCUGCUCUGCCAGCCUUCCAUAGGCUCCACAGACGCUCUGGGAGUUGGUGAUCAAGUCAGCUUCCCCCCAGAAGCAGACAUCAGCUUGAUUCAAUUUCAGAUCAACCCACUAAGACCUCCAUGACUAUUCUUGGCUCAUUGAACCAACAGCAUUUAGAAAGCACAGCACCCAGCCCUUCCUUCAGCGUGCUGACAGACAAAUUGGUUUUCGGUCUACCCCUGGUGCCUAGCAAGUAUGAGGAUCUCUUCUAAAAAUGCUGAGGAGGUCAGACCCUGUGAUCAGCUUGUGUUAAUUCUUUGUCUUGAAAAGUUUCAAAUAAAUGUAAUCCAGACCAAUGGAAAUACUGUUUAAAGCAGUAGAUGCAUUCAAGAGAGAGAUUUUAUGUUUUAUAAGAAUAUAAUUUUUUUCAUGAAGCAAUGCAGAGUGAUUGUUUCAUCUGUAUUUUCUUGAAGAUCUUAGAAAGAGAAAGGGUAUGUGGCCAUCAUGUCUACCCGUGUGGAUAUUAAACCCUUACCACAAUUUCAGUUCCAAAAUUGUGACUUUGCAGUUUUUCACAUGAUAUGGCUGUCUUUUGUGUGUCCCUUUUCAACAACAUCAGCCUCUGUACUAAUUAGUUUGAAGCAUAUUGCCUGGAAUAUUAUUAGGAGACAAUUACCAAAUGUCUCUUUAGUGCAUAUCAUUCUGGGCAGGGCUGGUCCUAAUUAUUCUUUCUGUAGAUGAAAGAAAGAAAUUAAAUCCUCUGGAAGCUGUGUACUGUCUCAGCUUACACAGAUUAGGAGAUAUUUUGUAAGUCUCCUAAGUUAAUGGGUUUAUUUUAAGUUAUAUGAGGCCAUUAGGCAAUAAUUAUUUCUUAGUCUUUAUUAAACAAUUCAAGGGUUUGACUCCCCUGGAGUCUUUGCAAGAGACCUGAUUAGUCAAAUACCAGCCCCUUC